AGCUCGCAGUCUCUGAAUCUCUCUCUCCCCGUCCAAUUUCCGUCUCUCUCUCUCUUUUUCUCUCACCGCCUGAUCGCUUAGAAGCAACCAUGCCUCAGGGAGAUUACAUAGAUUUGCACAUUAAGAGGAAUGGAUAUCGCCUCGAUCACCACGAGCGCUUGCGCAAGAAGGAGGCGCGUGCAGUUCACAAGCGCUCCGCCAUGGCUCAGAAGUCUCUAGGUAUCAAGGGUAAGAUGAUUGCUAAGAAAAACUAUGCUGAGAAAGCUCUCAUGAAGAAAACAUUGAAAAUGCAUGAAGAGUCAUCAUCAAGGCGUAAGGCUGAUGAGAAUGUUCAGGAAGGAGCUGUUCCUGCUUAUCUUCUUGAUCGUGAAGACACCACUCGUGCCAAGGUUCUUAGCAACACCAUUAAACAAAAAAGGAAAGAGAAAGCUGGCAAAUGGGAAGUCCCUUUACCAAAGGUCCGUCCAGUUGCUGAAGAUGAAAUGUUCAGAGUGAUCCGAUCUGGAAAAAGGAAAACAAAACAGUGGAAGAGGAUGGUUACAAAAGCUACAUUUGUUGGACCUGCUUUCACAAGGAAGCCUCCAAAGUACGAGCGUUUCAUUCGUCCAUCCGGUCUGCGUUUCACCAAGGCCCACGUCACUCACCCUGAACUAAAAUGCACUUUCUGUCUUGAGAUCAUCGGAAUUAAGAAGAAUCCUAACGGUCCCAUGUAUACAUCACUCGGUGUCAUGACCAGGGGAACAAUCAUCGAGGUCAAUGUGAGUGAGCUUGGUCUUGUUACACCAGCUGGAAAGGUUGUCUGGGGGAAAUACGCUCAAGUGACAAACAAUCCAGAGAACGACGGAUGUAUAAACGCUGUUUUACUUGUGUAACCAAAUGUCCGGCACUGUCAGAGUAGUAUGGAUAGAGACAAGAGGAAGGCGAGAAUCAUGUUGGCUAGUUUUCUUUUGUUUUCUCCUGAAACAAUUUGGUGUUAUUUCAAGUUUUUAUGAAUGUGUGGUUGGUCUUCUCAUCACAUUAACUAGCUAUGUUAGCUUUCUAAGUAUCCCACAUUAUGAAAUUUUGUUGCUUCUAAUGUUCAUUUUGAGCUUCUUAACCGUUA